AUGAAUAUAAAAAAAGGGUUUCUAGUAAUUUUUGCUUUCCCAUUUAUUUUUAAAACCGCAUAUUCUUUAAGGUUAAGCGGUGUAAAUGGACAUUCUUCUGGUGAUUUUCUAAGUAAUAAGAAUGGUGAGAAUAAAAAUUUAAAAGAUGAUAAUGGCUUUACUCAAAGAAUUAAAAGAAGACAUAAUAGCAAUUUAAAAAAUGAAGUAAAAAACAUAUUGCAACCAGGUGAUGAUGAUGAAAUUCGAAGAGGCAACAUUGUAAAUUUAGAUUAUACGGAAGAAAAUGAAUAUUUUAAACCAGAAUCUUUUUCACCAAAUGUUACAAAAGAUAAGGAAAAUAAUGACUUGCAGGAUCACUCACAGAAAUAUGCAUCGUUUAUCACAGAAGAAAGAAAUGCAGGCAAUAUAAACACUCCAAAGAGGCAGCAGAAAGCACACGAUGAAAACAGAACUUGGUCUCGAAAAAAAGGAGGGAAACGAAAAAAUAGUUCUUAUCGUAAUGUAAGAAGUAGAAACAUUGUUAAAAGCAAUAAUACUCAUGGAGCUUUGUCUAAUGAUGAUUUUUUAGACAACAAGCUUCAAUUAAACAAUUUUGAAGACGACGAAUUAGAAAACGAAGGUGAAAGUAAUGAUAUGCUGAGUAGUUAUGAUGAUGAUAAUCUAGGUGAAGAUUCUAUCGAUAAUUUAUUUAAUGAAGCUGCUAGGGACAGUUCUCUGGUCGCUGAUGAGGAGGAAGAAGAAGAAGAAGAAGAGCUUGGUGAAAAUUCUAUUGAUAAUUUGUUAAGCGUGGAUGACAAUGAUAAUUUCCUUGGUAUCAUCCAUGGUGAUAGCAAUCUGGGUGACGAUUCUUUAGAUAAUUUAUUUAAUGACCAUGAUUUUCAGUCAAAUAAGAAUGAAGAAGUCUCACUUCAGGAUAGUGCUGAAGAUUCUUUAAUUAAUGAUGAAAGUGUGUUAGGUAGCCUGUUGGAUGAUUUUCCCAUUGAUGAUACGAUCGAUGGUAUGAAUUCGGUAUACAAUAACGAUAGUAAUAGUUUUCCUGCAUAUAAUGAUACAACACCAAGUGAUGAAAAUGAUUUGUUAAAUAACGAGUUUAAUGCACAGAAGGGUGUUAAUACUAAGGGUGAGUCUAACGCGAACAGCCUGUCUAAUAAAAAGGAAGCUAGUAAUUCUGCUACUAAAAAACGUGAUAAUUUUAUAAACAACAAGAUGGAUAUCUUUAUUGAUAAUCCUUUGAAAUUUGAUAAAAUAAAUACAAAUUCCGAAUUAAAUGUAAAUGGAAAACUUGAUGACAUGGGAGAUAUCAAAAAUAGUAAGAAAAAUGAAGACAAGCCAGGAGAGGUGCUAAACUCUAAUAGUCAAAUUGUAACUAAAGAGAAAGAAAACACAGGCAUCAAAUUAAGUACUAACAACAGGAAUGAGGUUAAAGGUUCUCCAAGCUAUAAAAAUAAGAAUAAUAGCAUAGAAAAAAAAUCCAAUGCUGAUAAAAUGUCACAUAAUAGCAAGGGCAACACUAAUGAUGAGUUCAAUCUGAGGAGUAAGAGGAAUAUCACGGAAAAAAUCGAUGAGAAGGCACAGAAAACAGAUAAGAAACCAUUAAGUACUGAUGAGAAGGCAGUGAAAAAAGAUGAGAAACCACUAAAGGCUGAUGAGAAGGCACAAAAAACAGAUAAGAAACCAUUAAAUACUGAUGAGAAGGCAGUGAAAAAAGAUGAGAAACCAUUAAGUACUGAUGAGAAGGCAGUGAAAAAAGAUAAGAAACCACUAAAGGCUGAUGAGAAGGCAGUGAAAAAAGAUGAGAAACCACUAAAGGCUGAUGAGAAGGCACAAAAAACAGAUAAGAAACCAUUAAAUACUGAUGAGAAGGCAGUGAAAAAAGAUGAGAAACCAUUAAGUACUGAUGAGAAGGCAGUGAAAAAAGAUAAGAAACCACUAAAGGCUGAUGAGAAGGCAGUGAAAAAAGAUAAGAAACCACUAAAGGCUGAUGAGAAGGCAGUGAAAAAAGAUAAGAAACCACUAAAGGCUGAUGAUAAGACACAAAAAACCGAUGAUAAGGUACUAAAGACCGAUGAGAAUCCAGAAAAAAGCAGCAAAAAAAAAACUUCCGAAGAUACAUUAGAUACGAACCAUAAGAACAAUAAGAAGGAAAUUUUCACUGAUAAUAAAUUCUCAAAUGAUAGGAAAAACAGUACUGAUGAUGUGUUAAACAAUAACAAGAAAAACAAUGCAAAGGAUAAUGCCCCUAGGGUUGAAAACAAAUUUAAUACUGAAAAAAAAAUAGACAGUAUGGGCAAAACUAGCAAUAAAGAUACUUCAAAGAAUGAGGCAAAGAUGAAUACUAAGAGAGAUGGUGAUACUACAGAAAAACAGAGAUUUGAUAAUAACAGCAAUAUUAAUAGUAGCAACGACAGCAAUGCUAACAAUAUGAAUAGUACUGUCAAUAGCAGUAAUGGUAAAAAUGAUAAGAAGGAUAAAUUAAACACAGAAGAAAAAGGAAUUUCAAAAACCCCAAGUAACUUGAAUGGAGCAGCAAAAGACCAAAUGAAGAGUCAGAAAAAACAGAAUAGCGAAAGAGAAUCAAGAACCCCCAUCGAAAAAAAUACUAGUGACAGGAGCAAGAUAACUAGGGAGGAGGAACCUAAAAGUGAGCAAACAUCUAUAUUGAACAGUAUUAAUCAAAAGAAUGAAAUGGUAAAAGAUAAUGCUGAGGAAACUUUGAAUAAUAAGAAUGAAAUUGUAGCUAAAGAAAAAUCUAAUUAUGCAGGUGAAUCUAGUACUGUGAUGGAUGAUAAUAGUAGUGAUAAUAAUAGCGAUAAAAUUAGUGAUAAAAGUAGUGAUAACACUUCAAAUGAACACACAAAUGAGCAUAUAGUACCAAGGAUUCCCACAGGAGAAACCAUAAAUAUAAAAAUAAUAUCCAAUCCUAAUUAUGAAGUAAAUAAAACGAAUGGAUUAAAUAAAAAAAAACAUAAGGUUCAUUAUAAGUCUAAAGGGAAAAAAAAUGGAUCAUGUUCAAAAAAAAGAAAUUGUAAUAGUUAUGGUAUAGGAGGGAGAGGUGAAAAAAGAACACAUAAGAAAAAUUUAAACAGAAGUGUAGUAGUUCCAUGGGGAAAAGAGGAUCAUGGAAGUUCUCGAAGGAGAGAAAAUGGAAGAACUUUCAAAGGUCCUAAUGUAAAUAGCUCAGCCAGUUAUCCAAAAGGUGAUAAUAUUAGUGAUCAAAAAAAUGAUGAAGUUACUUCAUCUGCUGAAAAUGAACAAAGCCCAAGCAAAAAUUCGUCAGAACUAUCUGUCUCAGUAGAAGUACCAAGUGAAUUAAAUGAGAUAAAAAAAACAGAAGCCUUUAUUUUAUCACGUGGAAAGGAUGCAGGUGAGGUGACGAAAACAAAUUUCCUUCAAAUUAACGCUGUCGGUGGAGACAAUACUAACGAUGGAGACAAUGCUGACGAUGGAGACAAUGCUGACUAUGGAGACAAUGCUGACGAUGGAGACAAUGCUGACGAUGGAGACAAUGCUGACGAUGGAGACAAUGCUGACGAUAGAGUUAACGCUAAAACCGAUGCAGACGCGUUGGAGAAAGAGAAGUACGAUUCAGAAAAUGAAUUGUUCGUUGAAAAAAUGAAAGAAGAUAAAAACCUGGAAAGGUUUGGGGAAGAAGAAACAGUUCAAGAUAUAGUAUCUAUAGAACACCCUUUAAUUCGAAAAAAAAAAAACAUAAUAAAGAAUUCUCGUAAAGUGUAUAACUUAAAUUUAUAUAACUGCUCAUUUAUAGAUGAGUGGGAUUUAAACCAUGAAUACAUUGGUGAAGAGGGUAAGUUAGUCAAGAUUAGUGGUUAUGUUUUUCAAAAUAUUGUGAAUUCGGAUUCUAUGCCUACUUCAAAUAUAACAGAUUGGAAAUUGAAGGGUUCAUGCGAUUAUGAUAAAUAUAUAUGCGGUGCUUUAAGUUAUAUGAACAACAUGUACAGUAAAGGUGAAAGGGUUAUAUUUGAAAACAAAAUAUAUGAAGCUACUAGUGAUGCAUAUGGUACUCCAAAGGAAAUGGAAAAUGUGUGGAUAGACAAAACGGGUGAUUGUUACAAUUUCUGA